AUGUCGGUGCCACCAGAUGUGAAAGAGAAGGUCGAAGGUCUUCUCAGUACAGGAUGCACUCUGGGUGUGAACACCAGGUUGAACAUGAUCUUGGAGAUUCUGAAGGGCUAUGGACUGGUGUAUAGCACCACCAUUGUACCAAGGGAUGUCAUGGUGCAUCCAUGCAAUAGAGGAUCAUCAAUGAUCAACCAUCACGAUGCCCACCAGAAAGGCAGUGCAAUUUUACAAGCUGGAGUGAAAAGUGAUUUGUUGACUGCAAACAGCCUCUGUGUGGAACUGUCCACACUGCCUCAUGUUCGCUCACAGCAAAUUGAAGCCAACAAAAAGAUGGUCGCUUCAGCUGACAAUAUGCUGUCUCCUUUGCAUGGUACUGAGCGCUUUCUGAGCAUUGCUUCAAGCCAUUUCACACAGUGGCUCAGAGCUGUUGAGUAUGGAGCUUCCAACCCUGAAGGCAGGAAACUGACUGUCACAGCUUCUUUGAAGCCUUUGUUGGAGGAAGGGUGGCAGUGGUUGGUAAUCAAGGCUGAAGCAGAGCAGAUCUUUCCAACUCUGGCAUCAUUUGGAUCCAUGUCGAUGAAUGCCCAGAACACCAAUGCUCUGGCUGCAAGUGAGCUUGAAUGCAUGAUGCAGUUGAGCAGCCUUUACAAGUCAGGGAUGCAAAUGUCUGCAGCAAUCAGUGCUGUGGAGCAAUCUGCACCUGCAUGCAUGGCUUACCUCCAGGAUGUAGCAUUGUUUGUCAGGCUCUACGCUGGAGGAGAUGCUUUUCCACUUUUGAAGUGGCUGGAUUCAUUUUGCAAGGCAGAAGGUCGCAGCCUGCUGGCUGGAGAAGAAUGCAUGAACCUUCUUGCGCAUACUGACUUCAAGCUUGCAAGCACCUGCUGCAUGUUCCUCAGGAUUGCCAUUCUGGCAACUGUACUCACCAGUCCCAAGUCCAUGAAUGGAAUUUCCAAGCUCAUCUACCCCAGUGACUUCCAGAAGCUCAAGAGUCACAAGAAGCUCUCAGACAUUGAGACAAUGCUUAGUGAUGCUUGGAAGGCAUGCGAAGGGCUUCUACCACAGGUUUCUGCAUCCCAAGCCUUUGGGAACUUUUGCAGGCGCAUGAUUUUGCUAGCAGUCAUGAAGCAAAAGAAGGAUUCCUUUGAGUCCUUUGAAGAAGUGGUCCAGCAAUUUCAAGAUGAUCUCAAAGGGGUGAUGACCUUGAAGAAAUUCAAAAAGAAAGAGCUUCAGCUUUAUCCUGUGGGCUUUUGCAACAAGCCCAAAGACUCAGCAAAGGAGAAGGAGCGCUUUUGUGUGAAGUUCAAUGAGGUAAAGUAUGACCUCCUUCCCUUCAAGACCUUUUCCAACUUCGACAAACCCAAAGAUCCUGGAGUACUUUGUCCCUUUUGGCUUGUGGGAACCACUGAGGAUGAGAAUGAGGCCAACAUGAGCUUGGCUUACAUUGAGUACAAGGGUGCAACCAUCCCCAUUCUGGAGAACAAGGAUGUGAUUGGUCCAAAUACAUGGCUGACAAGGCCUUCAGAUGUGCUCAAAGCAGAGCUCCCUGCAAAGAAGCGGAGGAAGGCAUAG